AUGAAAUCUAAAAUUAUAAAAUCAUUUAACGAUAUAGAAUUAUUAGACAGUAUCAAUGGAAUAAAUAUCGAUAUUAUUGAAAAUAGAGCCAAGGCAAUCCAAGAUAAUACUUCAGAUAAAGAAUCAUGGAGAUAUAGAUCAUUUGAUGGAUUUUUAGGUGAAAAUGAAACAUUUAAAGAAAGAUUAGAAAAAGAUUGGAAUUUAUUAGAAAAUUGGAACAAAGAAAAUAAUUUUACAAUUAAUCAUAUGACUUUAUCAACAAUAUUAAAAGAAAUAAUUAAUCAAUGCGAACAAAAUAGAAAUGAUUUAGGUUUUGAUAAUAAUGAUGAUAUAGAAUUGUAUAUAACAAAAAAUAUUUUUAAUGGAUUUCAAUAUUCAUUAUUUUGGAACGAAUCUUCAAAAAAAGAAAAAUCAUUUUGGAAUACUAAAUGGAAUGUCGAAUAUAAUGUGGUCAAUGUCAAAACACAAAAACAAAUUAUAAUUUCAGGAGAUUCAAACGCAGGUAUUAUUCAAUAUAUCGAAUAUCUUGGUUUUUAUGAAGGUGAUGAAAAUAAUCAAUAUAGAAUUAACCCAAUAAAUUUAAUUUUAUUAUUAUUAAAUAAAUAA